UAAAAUUGUUGUUGUUUUUAGCAUGCUGAGCAGAUUGAACUUUAGUUAUCAACUAAUUUUAUUAAAAUGGUUACAUUAAUUAACUUGUUGUCAAAAAUACGACCAUCGUCACUGAGCAUAAAACAGAUCUCGAUGCGACCAAGUGCACCAGUGAAACGAUUCCUCCUUCCAUCAACGGCACAACACGACGUCGCGAGCCGGCACUUUGCCAAACCCGCAUCGAGUCCUCCACCGGCCCCGCUGCAUUGCAACGUCGGAACUAUUGGCCACGUCGAUCACGGCAAAACGACACUGACGGCGGCCAUCACCAAGGUUCUUUCGAAGAAUGGGCGCGCAAACUAUGUUCCCUACGAUCAGAUUGACCGGGCUCCGGAGGAGAAGGCUCGCGGAAUCACGAUCAACGCGGCCCACAUCGGGUACAGUACGGAGAAACGACACUACGCCCACACCGAUUGUCCGGGUCAUGCGGAUUACGUAAAGAACAUGAUUUCCGGAGCGUCUCAGAUGGACGGAGCGAUUUUGGUGGUGGCGGCGACGGACGGUCAGAUGCCUCAAACGCGGGAACAUUUGCUGCUGGCGCGGCAAGUUGGGGUGGAUAAAAUUGUGGUUUUCAUCAACAAAGCAGAUCAGGUUGACGAUGAAGUUCUGGAGUUGGUUGAAAUUGAACUGCGCGAGCUUCUGAGUGAUUUUGGGUUCGAUGGAAUUAACAGUCCGGUAAUUGUGGGGUCAGCGCUGCAAGCCUUGCAGGGUGAUCAAUCUGCGCUUGGGGAACCGUCGAUAAUGAAGCUGCUGGACGCGAUCGACAGUUACAUCCCUACCCCGACGAGAGAUCUGACUUCGCCGUUUUUGUUGCCGAUCGAUAAUGCGUUCACGGUGCCUGGACGGGGAACGGUCGUGAUCGGAACGCUUGCGCGAGGUACGGUCAAGAAAAAUGACGACGCCGAACUGCUCGGAUUUGACGAGCAGGUCAAGACUUCCGUCGGAGGACUCCAGGUGUUCAAAAAGGACGUUGGUGUGGCCAAGGCUGGCGAUAACAUCGGAGCGCUGCUGAGGAACGUCAAAAUAACGGCCGUUCAACGCGGAAUGCUGCUGUGCGCGGCCGGUUCCGAGCGCGUUUCGAACCACUUUGAAGGGACGAUGUACUUGCUUGCGAAGAACGAAGGAGGACGCUCGAAACCGCUGACCUCCAAGUAUAUCCAGCAGCUGUUUAGCAAAACGUGGAACGUUCCCUGCCGGGUGGAUCUGGCCGGACAGGAAAUGUUGAUGCCCGGUGACCACGGCGCGGUUCGGCUAACAUUGCUGAGAAGAAUGGUCAUGUCCUGUGGGCAAACGUUCACGAUCCGGGAGAACGGUAAGACGGUUUCAACGGGGUUGGUAACGAAGGUUCUGGACUCGGUGGAUUUGCCCCAGAAAAAGCUGAUCAAAUUACACCUGGAAGAGCUGUGAAUACAAACUAGACAGAAAGUA